AUAUCUGAUAGUGUCAUCCAGCCCAUUGAACUGUACGGUAGUGAAGUAUGGGGUCCACUCAGACAUCAGAGCUACACACGCUGGGACAAUCAGCCAACAGAAUCUUUACACGCUGAAUUCUUCAGACUGCAGUGUCUGGCCCGAGGAUCGUCUGGGAUCAAAGGACUGGGCAGGACCUUUAAAAUAAUGGAUGAUGAUAAAAAUCGCUCUCUGGACUUGAAGGAGUUUCUGAAAGGUUUGAACGAUUAUGGGAUCCUGAUCGAGAAACAGGAAGCAGCGGAUAUCUUUCAGCGCUUCGAUCACGACGGGAACGGGACCAUCGACUUUGACGAGUUCCUCAUUACCCUGAGGCCGCAGAUGUCUAAAGCCAGGAAGGAGGUGGUCAUGCAGGCAUUUCGGAAGCUGGAUAAGACGGGAGACGGCGUGAUCACCAUCGAAGACCUGAGGGGGGUUUAUAACGCCAAGUACCACCCCAAGUAUCAGAACGGGGAGUGGACGGAGGAUCAGGUGUUCAGGAAGUUCUUGGACAGCUUCGACUCGCCGUGCGACAAAGACGGAAAGGUGACCAAAGAGGAGUUCAUCAACUAUUACUGCGGAGUCAGCGCCUCCAUCGACAACGACGUCAACUUCAUCCUCAUGAUGAGAAACGCCUGGAAGCUUUGAGUCUGAUUAGACCUGUCCUACUUGCCCAACCACUCCUACCUGUCCUACCUAUCCUACCUGUUCUACCUGUCCUACCUGUCCUACCUAUCCUACCUGUCCUACCUGUCCUACCUAUCCUACCUAUCCUACCUGUCCUACCUAUACUACCUGUCAUACCUGUCCUGUAAUAAUGAGUAUGAUUUUAUAAUCCACAUUGUUUUGCUUGAUGUCAGGCUUUUGUCUUUAUGUUGUAACUUUUUGUGCUUUUAGUUAAAAGUUUAACAUUUUUAAGAGAUUUUGAACAUUUGUGAUUUUAAUGUUAGAAAUAUUUUUAUUCUACAUGUCUCUGAAGGUAAACACAAGGGGGCAGUAUGACUUUAUAACAUGUUUUUAUUGAUAUGCAUAAAACCACAGACUGUUAAAGUAAAAAGAUUUGUACAUUGGUUAUAUUUUAGAAUAUGUUGUAACAAUAACUGAGAUUAGAGCCACAUUAAAAAAAUACUUUGUGAACAAAGUCGUAACGCUACAAGAAUAACUGUAAGAUAAAAGCUGAAUCACCUGAAUAGUUGCAAAAAAUAAAGAUGUACUAUUUUAGAAAA